UUGUCUACUAUUUAAAAUGAUGACAUCAAUCACCGAAAAUUAACCAAAAACCCAGUCUUCUUCUCCGUCUCUAUAAAUACCUUCUGUUUCCAAUCUUUCACCUCUCAAAACACAUCGUUUCUCUAAUCUCAUUAAAUUAAAUAAUUAAUCUCUCGCACCCAGUAAAUUGGCAAAAAUGGCGGCAAGAGAGCCGUACUACGUGAGGGAGAGGGCUGCGGCGGCUCCCCAACACUCCCCGUGGCAUUCGACGGUGCCGUACUUGUUCGGCGGAUUUGCGGCGAUGCUUGGUUCAAUUGCGUUUGCUCUAUUGAUUCUGACUUGUUCAUACUGGAAGCUGUCCGGGCACCUAGAAAGAGGCGAUGGAAGUGGCGGAGAGAGAGAUUUGGAGGCCGGAGAAGGAGCUGGUAAGGGCGACAACGUCCAGAAGUUGCCGGCGGUGAUGGAGAUGAAGAUAUUGGUGAUUAUGGCGGGACAAGUGAAGCCGACUCAUUUGGCUACGCCAAUGACAAGCAGAACGUCGUCGUUUGAGGAUGGGAGUGACCAGAAUGAGAGAGCAGAGAGUGGGGGUGGGGGUGGGGUGAGUUGAAUAACCAGGAGGGCGAUGUUCAGGUACGGAUAAGGAGUACAGUAAACCAUGAUGAGUCAUCAGAUCGAAGCCAUUGAAUUUCUCUCCCUUUUUUUUAGUUUUUCUUUUAUUUUUUCCUGUCUAUCAAGGCGGGUUUGGAAUUUGGAUUCUAGAAAUAGGGCAGGUUUUUUUUUCUUUUUUUUUUGGUGAGAGAUACGUAUAAAAGAACAA